AUGCAGUCCCUUCUUCUUGGCUUGUCCCUGGUUGGACUUUCUUUCGCAGCAGAUCUUGAAAAGCGCGGUGGUGGUGGCAAUGACUCCGCCUGGGAGUUCUAUGAGCUCGUCAAUGAUGACCUCUCCCGUAUCACCAUCCUCGUUCUCGGCUGUAUGGCCGCCUUCAUCUAUAUCUGGAAGAUGUGGUUCCGGAUCGCGGGGCAUCUGAGACGGCUGGCGAGCUUCAGCAAUGAACGCCAACGGUACUUCGUUUCCCCCGAGGGAACUUUCGGCAAGAUCAAGAACCACAUCAUCUACGCACCGUUGUUCCGGAACAGACACAACCGCGAAUUCCAACUGUCGUCGGCUCUCAACAUGGGCACCCUGCCCAGCCGCUUCCACACGUUCAUCGUAUUCGGCAUCAUCGUCCUGAAUGUGGUGCUCUGCGUGGUCACCGUUCCGUAUCAGAAGGAGGAGAAGACCCUUGCCGGCGUCAUCCGUAACCGUACCGGUACCAUGGCGACCGUUAACAUGAUUCCUCUCGUGCUCCUGGCCGGAAGAAACAACCCCCUCAUUGGUCUUCUGCAAGUUCCUUUCGACACAUUCAACCUGAUCCACCGCUGGCUCGCUCGGAUUGUGGUUUUCGAGACCAUUGCUCAUGUGUUUGCAUGGGCUAUUCCCAAGGCUCAGACCGCCGGAUGGGACAUUGUUGGUAUGGUCUUUGGAAAGAGCACCUUUCUUCUGACCGGACUCAUCGCCGGCUGUGCGUUCGUGGGUCUCAUGGUUCACUCGGUUUCUCCGAUCCGCCACGCUUUCUAUGAAACAUUCCUUCAUCUGCACAUUGCCAUGGUCGUUGUCUCCAUCGUCGGUCUCUGGAUUCACCUGAAGGGUCUGCCUGCGCAGACCUACCUGCUCGUUGCCAUUAUCUUCUGGGGACUCGAGCGAACUGCCCGCUUCGCAAUCAUUCUGUACCGCAACUGUGGACGCAAGUCAACUGCAGCAGUCGUGGAGGCCCUGCCUGGUGACGCGAUGCGGAUCACUCUGAGGAUGGCCAGACCCUGGACGUUCAAGCCCGGCCAGCACAUCUACCUUUACAUUCCAUCGAUCGGGUGGUGGAUGUCCCACCCAUUCUCUGUCGGCUGGAGCGAAUCCGAGGACACGAUUACGGACGAGAAGGGCAUCCCCAUGACCCGCCAGGACGUAUUUGGUGUUCAGAAGACGACUAUUUCCCUCCUGAUUCGACGCCGGACUGGUUUCACAAACAAGCUGUACCAGCGCGCUCUCAGCGCCCCCGAUUCGCGUGUCACUCUCAAGGCGUUUGCGGAGGGCCCGUACGGAGGCAUCCACACCAUGGACUCUUACGGAACCGUUGUGCUUUUCGCCGGUGGUGUCGGCAUCACCCAUCAGGUCCCCUUCGUCCGCCAUCUCGUCCAAGGCUAUGCCGACGGCACCGUGGCUGCGCGACGCGUCACCCUGGUCUGGAUCAUUCAGUCCCCCGAGCACCUUGAGUGGAUCCGUCCCUGGAUGACUAGCAUUCUGGCUAUGGAUCGUCGCCGAGAAGUCCUUCGGAUCAUGCUGUUCAUCACCCGGCCGCGCAACACCAAGGAGAUUCAGAGCCCCAGCGCGACCGUCCAGAUGUUCCCUGGCCGACCGAACAUUGACACGCUGAUCGGAAUGGAGGUGGAGAAUCAGGUUGGAGCGAUGGGCGUGCUGGUCUGCGGAAACGGCAGUCUGAGUGAUGAUGUUCGCCGGGUCUGCCGCCAGAGACAGGAUCAGACACACGUCGACUUUGUUGAAGAGAGCUUUACGUGGUAG